CAAAACAGACUUUCACUACAGACACAGCCCUGACACAGCAGAGGCACAAAUCAAGGAGGACAGAGAAGCUCGUUUUUUAGCCAGUAAAAUGGCCAUCAUUGCAGCCUUCCGCUCGUGGUCAGGUAUUAUCAACCUGUGUAAAUCAGGGAACUCAGGGGUCCAGUCUUUGAUAGGCCUGCUCUGUAUACCAAACAUGGAAGUCAGGAAAGCCUUAUUAGAAGUCAUGUACGAGAUCUUCAGGUUGCCUGUUCCUAUAGUGACAGGAGAUUUUGAGGAAGCCCUGCACAGCGUGGACCCCAGCAAGUUUCAGGACGGCUGGAGACUAUCUGAUGGGUUUGUAGCUGCAGAAGCCAAAGUCAUAUUGCCUCACAGAGCACGAUCCAGACCAGACCUCAUGGACAACUACCUGGCACUACUGCUGUCUGCCUUUAUCAACAGUGGACUACUGGAGGGUCUGGUGGAGGUGGUGACCAGCAGUGAUGGACAGAUAUCAGUGAGAGCCACCAUACUGCUCGGAGAACUUCUGCACAUGGCCAAUACGAUUCUUCCUCACUCUCACAGUCAUCAUCUGCACUGUCUGCCCACGCUAAUCAACAUGGCUGCUUCCUUUGACAUCUCUCAGGAGAAACGGCUGCGUGCCAGUGCAGCCGUGAACCACCUCAAGCGUUUCCACGAAAAGAAACGUUGUGGCCCCAAACCUUACAGUCUUUACCUGGAUCACAUCCUGCGCAGGACGUCCAACUCCACUCACAAGAGAGAGCAGCACCAGCGUCUACAGAAGGACAUCUAUAUUAUGAAGGACACUGAAGAGGCGCUGAUGAUGAACUUAAGGGACAGUCAGAUCCUCAAUCACAAACAGAACCUGAACUGGAACUGGAUUCUGAUCAUCACUAUACUGAAGUGGCCAAAUGUGAACCUCAGAAACAACAAGGACGAGCAGAUGCACAAGUUUGUAAGGAGGUUGCUGUAUUUCUAUAAGCCCAGCAGUAAGCUGUACUCUGCUCUGGAGCUGGAUCACGCCAAAGCCAGACAGCUGACUGUAGCGGGCUGCCAGUUUAUCCAGUUCCUCUUGGAUUCGGAGGACGACGGUCAGGCGUAUUUAGAGGAGCUUGUGAAGGAUACCGUCCAGUGGCUCACAUCCUCUUCUGGGCUUAAAUCUGAACGCAGUCUCCAUAGCAACGGCCUCCUCAGCACCCUCAGUCAGCACUACUUCCUGUUUCUGGGUACUCUGUCUGCAAAGCCAGCUGGAGUCAAAAUGCUGGAGAAAUGUGGCGUUUUCCAGUGUCUGUUGAGCUUGUGCUCGAUGAAAAACCAGGAUCACCUGCUGAAACUAACGGUCUCCACUCUGGACUACAGCAGAGACGGACUCGCUCGAGUCAUUCUGUCCAAGAUCCUCACAGCGGCCACUGAUAACUGCCGUCUGUACGCCACCAAACACCUGCGCGUGCUGCUGCGUGCUAACGUUGAGUUCUUCAGUAACUGGGGGAUGGAGUUGCUUGUCACACAGCUGCAUGACCACAACAAAACCGUCUCCAUGGAGGCACUGGACAUCCUGGACGAAGCCUGUGAAGAGAAGGCCAACCUGCACGCUCUGAUCCACAUGAAACCUGCUCUGUCUCACCUGGGAGAGAAAGGCCUUCUGCUGCUGUUGAGGUUCCUGUCCAUCCCAAAAGGCUUCUCUUACCUCAAUGAAAGAGGCUAUGUCAACAAACAGCUGGAUAAAUGGCAGAAGGAGUAUAAUCUGAAGUAUGUGGACAUGAUUGAGGAGCAGAUGAAUGAAGCUCUCACAACAUACCGCAAACCUGUCGACGGAGACAACUACGUCCGCCGCAGCAACCAAAGGUUACAGAGGCCAAAUGUGUUUCUCCCUGUGCAUUUAUAUGGGCAGUUGGUCCAUGAUAAAACCGGCUGCCUGCUGCUGGAAGCUCAGGGUGUUAUCCCGGAUUUUAGCUACACAGUCCGUUCUCCAGUGUUGGAUAAAUGGGAGGGCAUUAAACAGCUGAAGGCAGCGCUGUGGGCUCUGGGCAACAUUGGCAGCUCAAACUGGGGUCUGAACCUCCUACAAGAGGAGAACGUGAUUCCAGAUAUUAUUGCUCUGGCUCAGCACUGUGAGGUUCUGUCCAUACGUGGUACGUGUGUGUAUGUGCUGGGUGUGAUCAGCCGCACGCGGCAGGGCAGUGAUGUGCUGAAGGCUUUGGGAUGGGACUCUGUUCGGCACAGCCGCAGGCAGCAGUGGCCCGUCGUCCCUGAUGAAGUGGAUGCUCCGCUGCCCAGCGAACUGUCAUCUGUGCCCAGCACGCUCAGCCUCAACUCUGAGUCCACCAGCUCACGCCACAACAGCGAGAGUGAAAGUCAGCCCAGUUUGUAUUUCAUGGACGAUGACCGUGAGGGUUUGGACAUGUACGAGGACUCUUCUCUUGGUAUACACACAAAAACCUCAAAGGACAGAAGCCCCUUCACCAUCCUGACCCCUUCGCAUCUCCGAAACCGCUUUCUGAACUCCCUGUCUCUCCCCAGUAAGAAGGGACGGAGCCCCAGUGACACUAAAGGCACGACAAACGUGGGAAAAUCUCCCGAGGAGCUCCGGCUCAUGUGGCGCAACCGGACCAUAACAGAGCCCUCGAACUACUCUCCAGGCCACUUGGGGCAGAGCGAGGUUUUUUAUAAUGGCAGUCACAUGCCUCACAGCCCAACGGUCAGCCUCGAGACUUCGUUUGUGGGUAUUAAAGCACUAGCAGAGCCGUAUGGCACCGAGGGAUGCUCGGAUUUGGAAGGCAGAGGUCAACAUAAGGCCGUGACCCCGGGUGACGGUCAGAGGGAGCGGAGCAGCAGGGAGCGUUUGACCUGCGACGGUGCGUCUGUACUGCCCGGCGGCGGCACGUUUAAGAGCCGCAGUCAUAGCUUCAACACAGACACGACCACCAGUGGCAUCAGCUCCAUGAGCUCCUCGCCCUCCCGAGAGCCCGCCUCCUCCAUUGCCAUGGAUACUGACUGCGCCAGCCUCAACACGGUGGUGAGCGCCAAAAGUGUGAAAAUGCAACACUCGCUCAGUCCUCAGUCCAACCACAAUCACAUCCUGUUGUCCAAGUCUAAUUCCACCUCGCUAGUUCUUCCCGGGUCGGCGCACACGCUGCCGCGCAGGGCACAGUCGCUGAAGUCGCCCUCCGUGGCCACCAUCAAGAGCCUGGUGGACUGCAGCUACAUCUACACGAGCCCGCGUGACGCGCUGGGAUAUGCCACGCUGAAACGCCUGCAGCAGCAGAGGAUCCACCCGUCUCUCUCACACAGCGAAGCGCUGGCGUCUCCCGCUAAAGACGUGCUGUUUACAGAUACCAUCACCAUGAAAACACGCAGCCUCGACUCCCGGCUGACGCCACGCAGGUUUUUGAAAGCUCUGAGUUUUGCGUCUCUGGAUAAGGAGGACUUAUUGAGUCCAAUCAAUCACUCCACCCUGCAGCGCUCCUCUUCCCUGCGCUCCAUGGUCUCUAGCGCCACCUUCGGCUGCAGUGAGGACUACAUCGGCCUGGCGCUGCCCCUGGACAUCAACCACAUGUUUCAGAUUAAAGAAACAUCAUAUUUCCAGAAGAGAACAAGCCCCCCUGCUGGAGAAAAAUCAUCCAAGUUUCUUUUUGGAGAAUCUGAUGAACCGUGUCGUGGUCCUCCACUGAAGCCGCAGAUGAGUAUAACCGAGCUGUUAAACAGCAGCCGGUCGGAGCAGCAGCACCUGCUGGGAGCCGAUGAGAGUACAGGCCUACAGGAGCACACGGAGCAGAACUGCCUCUACUGCUGCGCCAUCACCGUCCUCGGCUCACACACACACAGCCACCUGAACAACACACACACACGCACAGAUCUGUCUGAUGGUUUCUCUCAGUGGCACAGCCAGUCUUCCCAUAAUCACCUGGAGGUGGUCGCCCAGUCCAAGUUCUCGGGGAUCUCGGGCUGCAGCGACGCGGCCGUCAGUCAGGGUUCGGCCAGCAGCACUCCCGGCACAGAGCUCAUACUGGGUGGAAAGCCGAUAUCUGAGGACGGCCCGGCCUGCAGAGUUCUGCUGAGGAAAGAGGUUCUGCGACUCGUCAUCAACCUCAGCUCUUCAGUAGGCACCAAAGGACACGAAACCGGACUGCUCACGAUAAAAGAGAAGUUCCCGUUCACGUUUGAUGACAUCUGCCUGUACUCUGAGGUCUCCUUCCUGCUGGCCAACUGCAUGUUUCGUCUGGCCUCACGCCGCUUCAUCCAAGAGCUCUUCCAGGAUGUGCAGUUCAUUCCGUUGUAUGAUGAAGCUGAAGCGGUGUUGAAUAAACCAUCGCAACCUGUCCCGCUGGACACUGAGGAGUCUUGAUACCUCCGUCAGCUUCCUGAACACCUCACCGCCGUUAUCCCAUCACCUCACCUCCCAUACGGCUCAGAGAGACACGCUUCAGUGAACAUGGAGGACGAGGAAGUCAGGCUGCGGCUGGAGGAGAGGAAGCAAGCCCCUGGACUUCAGACGGCGUUUCUGAAGGGGAGCAGUUUACCAAACAACGUCUCCAGACUGUGAAACAGGUGAACCGGAGCGCUUCACAUGGUACAUACGGACGUACGUGUUUACAAAGAACGAUCUGAAUGAAAUGCUGUUUACACUUUAAGAGCGCCAGAUGCAUGGAUGAGAUAGACGGUUUACUGCACUGGUGUUUGUACAUAUCCACCCCGUCCCAAUAUUUCACAAGAUCACGCAAACACUACAAAGACUUCAGCGCGAGAAUGAUUUGACUAUGAAUUCAGGACUUCCAGAACUGAAAGAACGGGCGAAACAUUGAUUACAUUUGUACUAUUUAUUCGUUUCUUUUUCUUUUGUAUGUGUGUGUGUUUGGAUUUUUUUAUGACCUCCAGACAAUCAGAAUUCAGUGUUUUGGGGGAAAAAACGUCGUUUGCGAUAUCUGAACCCUUUAGCGUCAUACAUCUUUCGUUGGAAAUCUGUCAUCCGCGUACCAUCUCCGAAAGGUACGUCUCGUAGGAAAUCCUCCUCCAAAAGACGCAGGCGAAGCGCAUGCGAGCACUGAUACACACACAUACUCGAUCGCAGAGCUAGUUUGACUCCUAACAGUCUGGAUGUUUUCAAGGUGAACCUCACGAAAGCUGUCCAAGUCGUAUUUCACCAGAUUUCUCUUUACUGUAAAGCCCAAUUCUGAGAAAUAUGCUUGAUUGUCAUGGAAAUUGUGUCAUAAUGCAAAAGAUUUUCAUGGAAAAAUGAAUUGCAUCUUUUGUAAUCUGAUUUUAGAGUGAAAUGUGACCCAGACCUGUGAGGUUCACCCAGUGAUUUGGAUUGGAUGAACAGCGGUUAGUAAAACAUCUGCAGACUCAUUCUCCAUAUCAUACUAGACUCGUCCGGUGCUGUGGUCUGUGAUCUGAUGCUGAUCGGUGAUACGGUGGCGGUUAGAUUUGACUCUGACUUACAGGAAAUUAAAGCAGAAGUGAAACAUAAUCAUGCAUGGUAUCGUUUUAUUGACAAAUGAUUAAUAAAAGUGAUCAUCAAGUACCUUUGAAGGAAUUCAGGAGUUCAAUACAAAUCAUAAUGCAAUACAUA